AUGUCCACACUUACCAACAGCGUCAGCAACAACAAUAAUAACAACAACAACAAUAACCACCUCCAGCACCACCACAGCAGUGUUAUCAGCAGCAACAACAACAUUCAGCAGCAGCAACAUUUGUCCUCCCCGCAAGGGACGACGCCAGCAGCAGCCUCCUCAUCACAUCAAGCAUUCCUCAAUUCGGCGCCGUCCGCGUCUAGCAUCAACAAUAACAAUACGACUAGCUCCGACAGCAACAUUAUCAACAACAACCACAACAGCAGCAGCAGCAGCCACCCAACGGCGACUCCGGCCGCGCCUUCCAGUGGUGGCGUCGUCGGUGGCAUCCUUGGCGUGCGGGAAGUCAGCGCGAAGCUGUUUCUCCCGUUCGCCCGCACGAUGAUGUCCUCGUCGUCGUCGUCCUCGCACGCCGCCGCUGCCGCCGCCAACGCCACGGACACAGCCGCCGGCCCGAUGGAUACGACGGCCGGCGGCGUUGGCUCAACGGUGGCGAUGGCCGGUAACGGCGGCACCGGAGGUACGUCGUCGUCGUCGGGACGCCACCAGCACCAGCUGGUCGUGCCGGAAGCACUGAACGUGGUGCUGCACGGUUACCAGCGCAAGCUGAAGACGAACAAGAAGAAGUACUUCGUCGUGUACGGGGACACGCCGGAAAAGUUCGCCCGGCUCGAGUACUUUGACAGUGAGAAAAAGUUCAAGCAAUCGUUCGCGAAGGGUGUCGGUGCGGGUGGUGAGGGUGGCGGCGGCGGUGGGCCGGCCGCGAAGCGGAGCAUCGUGCUGCGGAGCUGCUUCAACAUCAACAAGCGGCACGACACGAAGAAGCACAUCAUCGCCCUGUUCACGAAGGACGACUGCUUCUGCAUCGUGUUCGAGAGCGAGGACGAGCUCAACCGGUGGCUGCGCACGCUGCUGCGGUUGCAGCGCGGCGAGGAGUCGGAAGGCGACCCCCCGAGGCCCACAUUCGAGCACGUUUGGGAUGUGUUCGUGCAGCGGAAGGGGCUCGGCGACAGCUACGGCAUCCUGGGCAACUAUCGGCUUUGCAUCACCGACAAGGUCCUGUCGCUGGUCCGCAUCGGACCAUCGGUGACCGCCACCGGGGACCAGCGCGUCGAGGUGGUCGAGUUCUCGCUCGCAUCGAUACGACGAUGCGGCAACUCUCAGCGCUACUUUUACCUGGAGGUCGGCCGCAGCUCGAAGACCGGUGCCGGUGAGAUUUGGAUGGAAGUGCAGGACUCCAUCAUCGCGCAAAACAUGCACACUACCAUCAUGAAGUCGGCGAAAAAUAAGGACGACAAUCUCGGACCGAUGAUCCGGAUACGGUCGUCGUCGGCGAACGCCGCCUCGAAGCCCACGUCGAUGCUGUUCCGCCGCCAGACGCACACCGGCCAGAAGCCGAUCAACUGUUCGCCGUCGAGCGAAGAGCAAAGCACGCAAAAUGAAAAUUCGGAUGCACAGAAUUCGGAGUCCUCGUCGUCGGCCGCCAGCAUCACCACCGUCGUGCUGGUUGGGCCGCCGUCGGGCGCGACCCCCCGAACCAUGAAACCUCCAAACCUGGACCCCAAUUCGGAAAAACCGCUCGGCAUCACCUCCACCGCUACCUUCUCUUGCUCUUCUACUACCACCGCCACCACCACCUCAACUACUACUAGUUCUACUUCUGCUACUACUACUACUGCUACUACUACUGUCACUACCACUUGCAAUACCGCCACCGCCAUCGCUAGCACUAUGGUCAGCCAGUACGUGGCGCCGUUCGCCGCCUCCUCGACCAGCUCCCUGGCGUCCCCGCCGUCCUGCUACUCGCCGGUGGUGGUGGUCGCGGGACGCCAGACGUCCACUGGCGGUGGCGGAGCCCUGCACAGCAGCAGCUCGUCGGUCGCCAGCCUUGGUUCCGGUUCGCCGUCCUCCUUCUCCGACGCCUACAUUCCUCUGAUUCCUGGCACCUCGAGUCCCAUGCUUGGCUCCGCUGCUGCUGCCGGUGGCGGGGCGUCAGUGUCCCUGUCGGGACGCGGUGGUCUGUCCGGAUCGCCCCGGCUCGGCGUGACCGCUCACUCGCCGAGCGGCCCGAGCACCUAUCGACGGGCUUCGUUCGCGAAGCUUCCGCCGGAGGCUGGUGGCGGUGGCGGCGCACUGUCGGCGCAGCAGCGCCACUACCAUCACCAUCACCCCCCUCACCAUGCACUGGGCUCGUACGCCCUUCCUCCCACCGCCGGCCACUUCCAUCCGCACCAUCACGGCCAUCAGCACCACCCGGGGCUCGGUGCCCAACUCCCGUCGGCGGUGGCGGCGGCCGGACCCCCAGCAGGUACCAGCACCGGCCACCACCACCACCCCCACACGGGUUUCAGUAGCACCAGUAGCAGCACCAUCGUGGCCGCCGCCGUCACCACCGAGGCGUCGUCGUCGCCGUCGACGUCGUCGUCCUCGUCCUCGUCGACUGACCAUGUUACUACAUCCGCAUCCAUCUCCGCCGGGGUAUUCCAUCAAAGGGCUUUAUCAUUGCCAAGCGCUCCCAUGUUAGGCCAUUCUCCCCAUAGCGUUGCGAACCAUUUGAGUGCGAUCCAUGCGAGUAGUAGUGCCCGGUCUUCCUCCCAGAACAGCGUCUCGGCCGGUUGCGGUGGUGCUGCUGGUGGUGGUGUGGUCGUCGUUGGCGGAAGCCCGCAAGGAUUGACUGGCGGCGUCGGCGGUGGCCGAAUGGGCACGAUCCAACCCGUACACCAUCGGACCCGGUCACUGCCCCUUACGGAGGAGUCGGCAAUCCGCGUCACCAGCAUGACGUCCGGCCAUCAUCUGCAGCAUCUGCAGUACUACACGCAAGGCGCGAGCAACACGACGUCCCACCGGAGGUCCUCGUCCUAUCUGCUGUCCCCGGCGAACCUGCACGUCGUUCCCGCGAACGGUGGCUGUUCGCCACCACCGCUGUUGUCCACCUCGCUCCAUUACCAGUGCCAGGAGGCCCCUCCGAUGUCGAACGGUGGUGGUCCGGGAACGGAGUCACCGUCAUUCGCCUCGCUGGUACCAUCCCGCAGCUCGAUGGAGAGCAUCAUCGAGGAUCAGCGAGGAUACCUGCCGAUGGACCUGAAGAAGCCCCCCCAAGUGACGACCGAGUCAAACGAUGGUGGUGGCCACCACCAGAUGCAGCUGAUCAGUCGCCUGUUGCGCAGCAGCAACCUUCAGUUCGCUACGGCCCCGUCGUCGUCAUCGCCCGGUCAGCAGCAGAAGCUCAAGAUGACCCUGCAAGCGACCGCGUCCUCCGGUUCACCGUCGUCGUCGUCGUCGUCCUUCUCGUCCCCCACGCACCACCACCAUCACCAGCACGGCAACGGCGGCAGCAGCAGUGGAGGCACCGGCAACGGCACCAACAACCACAACAGCAGCAACAGUGGCGGCGCCCCCGGUAGUUGUAGUAGUCCCUCACAGUGCAGUAGCAGUAGCAAUUGCAAUCACGCUAGUAGCCAUAAGAGCACGAACGAACGUUCCUCGCCCGCGGCGCUGCGGCGCCUGAACGGUGGUGGCCGCACUGCUGGCACCAGCAGUAGUACGAUCAGCAGGAGUAUCGCCAUUGCGCGCGAACGUUGCGACAGUCUUCCAUCGCGUAACCGCACGACCAGCGAAACGAUGCCGCAUCAGCAGCAGCUGCAACACCAGCUUCAGCAGCAGCAGCAGCAGCAACAGCAACAGCAGUACCACCAGCAGCUGAUCCUGAACAGUGGCGGUAUGCCACCGCCCCGGAUGAUCCCCAGCAAUCGGCCGCAUUCGAUGCACAUCAGCAGCAGCUGCCACAGCCACAGUCCGCCGGUCAACUCGUCGCCACUCAGCCCACCGCCUCAACCCGGAGGCGGCGGCGGCGGCAGCGGCGCCUACUCGACCGGAAGUGACGGUUCGUCGCUCAGCAUCGACGAGUCGACGGACAGCUUCAUCACCGGGUCGCUCACCCCGGACGAGGGCAAUGGCUUUUCUAAGGUCAUUAAUCAACUCAAUUCCGGCGGCUCGAUACCGGAGGAAAACUCGGAAGAGUUCAUCAAGGACUACAGCCAUAUCGAUCUGCGGACCGGUGCGGGAUUGCCGCAUCACCUCCACCACCACGGCCAUCACCACCAUAAUUCCCUCUCGCUUCCCAUACCGCAGGGCAUGAUGGGGCGCCGCGGCGGCAGUCCGGCUCCACCGUCGACGGUCGGUUCCAUGGAAGGUGGCAGCAGCGCUUACAUGGAGAUGUGCAGCCCGAGCGGCAGCUCCCCGGGCGACCCGUCCGGCAGCUGCUACAUGGCGAUGUCCCCGGUGGCCGACUAUUCGCGCGGUUUGUGUAGCAGCUCGAGUGCCCACAGCCGGGCGUCCAGCUUGGCGGAGGACCUCGUCGACGGGUACGUCCCGAUGAGCAUGCCCCGUGGGGCGUCCUCCGCGGUACCCACCGUGCUGCAGCCAUCGGAGGAGUACCUCAGCAUGGACCUCACGCUGAACGGAGGGGUUUCUGGCCCGAACACGCUCACUAAUCGGCUCACGGGCACCGUUGGCGGCGGAAUGUCGUCGGCCGCGUCGAGCUGCAGCAUCACCUCCGGCACACCGUCAACCGAUUUGCGGCUGUCGCUGGAGAAGGUACCGGCCUACAUCGGCCAGUCCGGACCGGACGAUUGCGAUAUGAUGCUGAACGAUCGGCCCCACCGAACGUACUCGGUCGGCAGCCGGCCGGAGCACAACAAGCGCAAGCUGCGCCUCGACAUACUCAGCACCGGCGACGGUGGCGGCAACGGGGGCAAUGGCGGAGGGUCGGCCAAUUCACGAGUGCGAGCGUUCUCGGUGGGAUCGCGUGCCAAAGUGCCCCGCUCGGACGGGGGCCGCAUCGGGGGGUACGGCGCCGGGACGGCGAUCAUCGUGCCGUUCCUGUCCGCCAACGAGAGCAACAACAACAGCAACAGCAGCAUUUCGAAUGCCGGCAGCAGCUACGCCAGCGGUGGCGGAAGUGGCAUGAUGAUGCAUCUCGACGAAACCCUCGGGCUGCUGGGCAAGAAGUCGAGCAGCGGCUCGCUGCUGCCGGACGGUGGAACCGGGGUGAAGCUAACAGCGCACGGAUCGUUCGAUCGGAUGGGUGAUCUGAUGGAGAUCGACUACUCGCUGCCGAGCCGAGCGACACCGAAUGGGGCCACGGGCAGCAGUAGCACCCCGCUGAAGAAGGUGUCCCAGUCCGAGCCCGGAAUGGAGGAUUACCUCGACAUGUCGGGUGGGAGCAACAACAACAACAACAACGGUGAAGCGGAGGAGGACGCCCGUCGGGCGGCCAUCGUCGCGUCACAUGCCGUCGCCGGGUACGUGGAGAUGCGCCCGGGACGGCUCAACUCGCAGUCAUCGACGUCGGCGGCCCCGGUGGAGGAAGGCGACUAUCUCAACAUGACCCCCGGAGGUGGCCACGAUGUACCCGACUGCCCGACGGCCACGAUACUGUCGCCCAAAACGACCAGCUCGCCGAUACAGAUCUUGAACUCGCCGAAAAAGUUCGCCACACCGGCCCCCGGCCCCAGCCAACAGGCCGCGACCGCCGGGAGUAGUGGCGGCGCAAGGAACAACAACUACCUCGAAAUGUACCCUCGGCUGACGGGGACGCCUCAGCCAGCGGCCACCACCCGAAGCACCCGUCAAGUCGCUACGAAAGUACCUUCGGAAGACUACCUGAACAUGAGCCCGCUGAUGAUGAGUGGGACGGACAGUGGCAGCGAGGAGAAGAUGAUGCACCCGGACACGGAGGACGACGUCGCGGACCCCCUGGUGGAAUCGUCGAGCGCCCCCGACGGCUACAUGGAGAUGUCGUGGCCCCGCAACCUCAACGCGGUUUCAGGCGCCGCGGGAGACGUUUCCAUGAAACCGCCGGCCGGCGAUGACGACUACAUGAACAUGUCGUGUGGCGGUGGCGGUGGCGGCGGAUCGGAGGAUCGGCUUUCGUCGGCCCCGAUCACUAUUCACCCGACGCCCGGCAAGUGUCGGCUCGAUCUGAGCGAGGAGUCCAAGGACGACGGUGCGGACGGUGGUGUGUCAAACAUCCCUACCUACCUGCCCCUGAUGGGUCAGAAUCCGGAUUCGGCACGCAAAAACACGGUCUGCCUGCAGCAGCACCAACACCAACAGCACCAGCAGCAACAGAGUGGGACGAUCCAGACGACGACCGGCCAGCAGAGCGGCUGGGUGGGCUUUAGUCCGUCGAAAGCGAACUCCGCACUCGCGCGUGCCCGGUGCGAUUCCCGUGACAGCGGUAUCGUAACACCGUCCGGCAGCCAGGCCACCAUUUUCCCGUUCAGCCCCGGCAGUCCGACGAAACCGUUCCCGGGUGCCGGCGCCGGGGACACGAAAAAGGAACCGCUCGAAGACCUGAGUCAAAACUAUGCCGAGUUGAGCCUGGGGCGUCAGCAGCAGCAACAGCAACAGCAACAGCAACACCAACAGCACUCAGCCGUUAGAGUCGAACCGGACUACGUCAACUACUGUCCCGCGGUGCCCCGGUCCAGUAAUCCCACCACACCGACGGAUCUGGCACCGUCGCUGCGGAGUCGCCUCUCGGAGGACGAUGGCGCAGGCGACUACGCGCUCAUGAACCCCGCGAGCAGCCGGAAGCUGUCGACCACCUCGAUGGGAGCCGCCGGGUCCGGCGGAGCGACUGGCGCCGGUUGUUCCACGAGCUCUAGCAGCGGCGGCACUAGCGCCACGAUGGACGCCAACGCACCACCGGUGCUGGUGGCGAAAAAGUCUACCCUGCUCUCGAGCCACCCGGCGGCGGCGAUGGGCUUCAAGCCGAUUGCCUCGUCGCAGGACACGGAACUUCUCCGAUCGACUACGACGGUGGUCACCGCCGGGGCGCACUCCGCGAGACCGAGCUACGCGCGCCAGCUGUCCGAGUGGCGCGUGAUAAGCGCGGAACCGACCACCGCUGCUGGAGUGGAGCCGGUGCUCGUGGGUGAUCGUAGCCCGCGGCCAAACAGUGUCAACAGUGAGCUGAUCGGGGCUAGGGAUCGCACCGCAGCUCCCGGGACCACCGCGCCGGGAAUGUCCAGCUCCGGUGGUGGAGCGAUGCGGCCCAGUUCGGCCAACAGUGAGCGACUUCCGAGCAUAUCAGCAGCAACGACCGCCACCUCGUCGUCCGCGUCGUCCACGUCGACGCUUUGCGAGAGCAAAAACCAAAGCCCAUCGGCGUCGUGCACGGCACUCGCGGGUCUGGGGCUGGCCCCCGGCACCGGCAGCAGUAGUGGUGGUGGGCCCCGGCCCGACUCCGUGAGCUCCAUCACCGAUCCGCACAUCAUCUCGCGGCCGCCCUCGGUGAGCUCCGAGCGGGAGCUUCACUACGCCAGUCUCGAUCUGCCGCCCUGCACCAAGCUGCCAUCGAGUGCGGGGGGCACCUCCGCCACGGCGCCGAUACCGACAACGCCUGGCGGCGCUGGGGCGGUGCAAAAGAUGGACGUCGACGAACCGCCGGUCGGUUUGAUGUCGAACGACAGUCACAGCUCGAUCGACUCGAUGAACUCCAGUCCUAGUCCGAGCGCUGGGUGUAGUGCCGGGCUGUCCUCUUCCUCCCAGCAGCAACAGCAGCAGCAGCAACUGGUGCGUUGUUCCGCCUUCACCUACGCCCAGAUCGAUUUCGUGCGGUCCGUGGCGCAGGCGCAAAAGCAGCACCAACAACAGCACGGCAGUGGCCCCAGUAGUGCCACCGCCACCGGCAGCACCCCUCAGUCGUCGCAAGCGUAAACAGCGCUCCCGUGAUGAGCUGUGCGCCUCCAUCACAUGUGUGUGCACGUGGCGUUUCGUGUUUUGUACUUUCUUUUUUCCAUUGUCACGUUCUCCUAGCUUAUAUUUAGCCACUAAGUAACACCAAUUUUCCUAUCAUGAUGAUGCAUAGAGGGAGAAGAGAGCACAGAACAGAAGAGGGUGAAGAAGAAACAAACCCUGUAAAGCAUAUGUAAAAAGUAAACAAAAUUGCAGAAAACAGCAAACAGUAGCUUAGAAGAUAGCAAAAAGAGUCGCAAACAAACAAGGGACAACACAAGCGAAGCAGGAAGACAGACCAUAGGAAAAUGUACCGUUAACUGCCAACAACAAGAUGGAUAUAAACCGAAAAACGAAGGAAAGAAGAUGCAUAUAUAUAUACACAAACACAGAAACAAAUAUACAACAAUUGAUGAGCAAGAGGAAGAAAAGAUAAUUAAAAAAAUAAUAUAACGAGAGAAUAAGGAUGAAAAAAGAGAGAGAGAGAGAGAGAGAGAGAGAGAGAAAGAGAAAGAGAAAGAGAAAGAGAAAGAGAAGUGUAGGAGUUAAAGUAAACCAUUAGACAAAGUAAGGAAGUAAAUAUUAAAAAAGGUUUUUCAUACUGGUAAACGAAAAAUACGCCAUGUACAGGACAGAAGACUCUCUUUCUCUCUCUCUCUCUCUCUCUCUCUCUCUCUCUCUCUCUCUCUCUCUUUCUCGCACUGUAAUUUCCAUAGUUUGGUGGCAUCAAACUCGCUCCUCUGCGACGUAAGUUUUUGGUAGAAAAGGAAAAAAACCGAUAAAAACACACGUAAACAUCUUCUUGGUCGAAAAUAAGCGAUGGUAGACGAUAAUGGAAACACCUCAGAAACAGACUUAUUAAUAUUAAAGCGAAAGGAGCAGAUCAAUGUGUAUGUGGUUCCACUGUGAGCUAUGACGACGAGGACACUUCCAGGGCCAUUUGGGAAUUAUGAGCGACGCACGCGCGUCGUAUCGUACCUGUUGUGAGCAGCGAUAAUAGGAAUGCAAGAUGGAACAUUUCGAAACCCUUAGAACCGUAAGAGAAAAGAUUAUACAACAACAAACAAAAAAUGAAUAGAAUACGUAGAGUUUGGUGGGUGUUUGUGUGGGUGUGUAGACUUAAUGUAAAGCAUAGCGAACCAGCCAGCCAGCCAGCCAGCUAGGAGAGAGGAGAGGCGGAAGGAACGCCAAAGUGAGAUUGGUUUAGUGUUUCUUCGUUUUCGUUUAGUCGAAUACCGCUACCACACAACCGUAACUACUUCUGCUGCAACUGCAACUACCAGAGCCGAGUGCCACCCUCUUGUUACCAUUGGAGGCCUCUUCUUUUUGUUAUGACGUAGAAACAGAAAAUGAACGAGCGUGCGGGUUUUGUGAGGGGCUGCGUCGGUAGGUGAAGUAGCAAAGUGGUGAUGUAGAAGAAGUACGUUAGUGUCCUCGAGGGGAUGUUUCCAUUGAAAAUUGGCAGUACAGACGAGAGGGGAGGUGGUUGCGAGCAGCGGAAGGGAUUUGAAAGUCCAUGUAAAACGCAAACAAGAAGCAGAAAUAGUUAAGCGCUACACAGCAAACACCUAGAGACACCGUAACGGGCAAACGUAAUAAGCAUAAGUAACCAAAACAGAAAGCAAAAAAAGAAUCAAAUAAAUGUAGAACAGCCAAGGGAUGGAAUUAUUUAGAUAAAACUGAAAACGACGUGUGUACCACACGCCGAAGAUCGGAGAGGCGAUCGAGAACUGCGUAUUCCACAAACAACAAAACUCGCUCCCGCAAAACCCCUAGCUCUGCUGCGGGGUCCGUCAACGAACAGGCAACGGGGAAAACUAUGAAACAGCUAGAGACACACUGUAGCGAGAGUGCUUGAAUGAAAAUUCGGUCAAAUUCUGAGAGAAAAGGAGGGCGAUAAACUCCCAAAUAAAAACUAAUUGCAAAAAGCGGUGAAAACCUGCGCAGACCUGAGCGAGAAACGAGAAGGAGUAGAAGCAGUGCUAAGAUAGUGAAAGAAGGUGAAAGAAGUUGUAAAAUGCCAAAAUAAGCUUUACAUGAACGUUACUUUCCUAUGAUUAGUUUUUAUCGUAUAAAAAAACAAUGAAAAGGUAAACAAACAACAACAAAAAAACAAACAACUAAGUUACAAACCUAUUGCUGGUUUUCCGUU